AGAAAGCGAAGAUGAAUGCUUCGGUGGAAGAAAAGGACAGUUGCGUGCUCUGAAUUUUCUGGCAUGGAUCUGUAUGAGGAUUACAAAUCACCCUUCGAUUUCAAUACUGGAGUGAACAGAAACUAUCUUUACCUGUCACCUAGCAUAAACCUUUCUCCACCUGGAUCCCCUACACUGGCGAAGUCUGGGCUGCUGAGGAGUGACUCUAUACCUGAGGUUGGAGAGGAUGCUGCUGCUACAGUUGAUAUGGCAGAAACACUCACAGAAGAAGAACAGGAUGAGCUAAGAAAAGAGCUUGCUAAGGUGGAAGAGGAAAUCCAAACGCUCUCACAAGUGCUAGCUGCCAAAGAGAAGCAUCUAGCAGAAAUCAAGAGAAAGCUGGGAAUCAACUCAUUACAGGAACUAAGGCAGAACAUUACCAAAAGCUGGCAAGAUGUUACAUCGACCACAGUAUACAAGAAAACAUCAGAAACCCUGUCUCAGGCUGGUCAGAAGGCUUCUGCUGCUUUUUCAUCUGUUGGUUCAGUCAUAACUAAGAAGUUUGAAGAUGUCAGAAAUUCUCCGACUUUCAAAUCCUUUGAGGAAAAAGUUGAAAACUUAAAGUCUAAAGUUGGAGGAAGCAAACCUGCUGGGGGAGACUUUGGAGAAGUUCUCAACUCUGCUGCCAACGCCAGUGCCACAGAAACUAUUGCAGAACAGACACAGGAAGAGACCCACUGAGAUUCCUGCUGCUGUCCUGCUACCCACUGCCAGAUGCUGCAAGCAAAAACUAAGCACACAUGUAACAUUCUUUGCGCUCUUUCCACCAGAUGUGCUUUUAUUUAGCACGUAGUUAUUUUACCAGAUUAACUGAUACCGAGCUUGUUCGUGGGUUCAAAAUAUUUUUGAAACUAAAAUAUUGUUUGAGGUUUUGUGUGGGAAGGGGAAUUUUUAUGCCUCUCAAGCAUUUAAAGGACUUAUCUGUAAUUUGAAGGCAACCUUUAAAAUAUAGCAAUGAAAAAAACUCUUUUGAGAAGUUAAUUAUACUGUACAUAUACUGUGGAUACAUAAUUUCUUUUGAAUCUGUAACUACCGCUCAACUUAAUCAUGAAUCUACUGCCGCUGCCAAACUGAAGCUCUUUACUUCUUUCCCUUGUGAUUAUUUCAGUUGAGUGUUGCCUGCACAGGGCACCAGGCUAGGAGGAUCACUCACAGCUAAAGAAAGGACUUUUGCUUCGACAGGGUUUAAUCAAGUUAUUCACAGAAGGAUUACACAUGGGCAGGAAUGUACCGUCUUAUGAGCGUGCUCCUUACACAACAGGUGUGGAUAGGGUAAUACGUAAUGUCGAAAACGUGCCGAUUUGUCUGUGGGCUAUCCACCUAGGAAACUUCUGACCUUUGCAGGUGGAAGUAAGAUGCCUAGUAGUGCUGGCUGGGUUCAGUUCCAAUAAUGUGUUCCAUUAUAGUAAAAUUUUCAGUCUUGUUUUUUUUGUACAUGAUGUUAACGUGGUAAGAUGAGCUCUUCUGAACUUUUGAUCAGUCGUGAAUAGAUUCAUCCUAAUUCCCACAUGGUUGUGUCAUAUUUACACUAACAAAGCAUGGACUGCAAGAACGAGCCUGAGCACGAAAAGUGGUGGUUCUUUGGGCAUCAAGAGAAUUGCUCUAAAAUGCUAACGUUGUUUCCCUUUUAGGCUGACCAGUGAAAACAUCUGCUACACGUCUUACUUUUUUUUAUAUGCUAAAGGCCUGUACCACUAGCAUCCUUAUUCCUGUUUAAGACCCCAGAAAUCUGUUUCAAGAGGUUCUCUGUGUCAUACAGCAGCAUAGCUCUCUUACACAAUCUCUUCUCCUACAUGUUGCUUUAUCCACUUUACUCUUUGUAUUUCUUGUAUUUUGUAUGUUCCUGGCACAUGGUGUCAGUAUGGUUAGAACAUUUGGCAAGUGAUUUAUCACAGCGCUUCGAACUGGAAAUGAGUUUUGAAACAUUUGUGUGAAAUCCAUGAAACUUCAACUGCCACAGAUGUCUGGAGGAAAAAAAAGUUGGCGUCUGACAACCUUGCUAGCAUGCCAGAUGUAAUAUAUAUGCUUAAUUACAUGUGAGAAGCUUAAUAAAAACCUAUAUGUGAGGAA